AUGGGCAAACCGAAUUAUCCUCGCGGUGAUGUCCCGGUGAACUUCUUCUCUGUCUAUCUCACCCACUCCAACCCUAACAUUCCUCCUCUCGAUCCCAUCAAAGACGAAAUUGUGGGACUCGACUACUGCCAUCGCCCCUCCGUGUUCUUCACCCCCUCGACCCAUCCUCUUGUGGUGGCAUACGAACGAACCAAAGGCAAUAUUGUCAAGCUUCUCAACCAGAAAAUCGGCAGCAAGUGGCGGUUGCUUUGCCCCUUUAAUGUUGGUUCAAUGAAGUCUAAGCCGCAGCCCAUGAUCGUGAUUAUAUAUCAGCUCUCACCUCACGUGGAAACGGAUGACUUUGAUAUCGAAUCUUUACUAGAUGGCCUAUCACUUUCGACUAGUGGCGGAGCAGACUUCGUGGACCGACUCACUCUAAAUGCUAUUCCUCGAAUGGGCUACUUGAUCGGCAUUCGAGGAGAUAAGAAUGCAGGAACAUUGGGCGGAUUUGUUACAUUGACCCACGAUGGAAUUGUUCGCCGAGGCUUCCUCACGGCCUGCAUAGACAGAGACGUUACGCUUGCUAACCUCGACUCCAUCUUGAAUAACAUACGCGAGCAGCACUCUGAAGUUACUGCCAGAAUGCAGGAACGUGAAUUGAUUGGAGAAACUCCGCACCCCCGAUUCCUGGAAUGGAUGGCAAAUUACGACUCCUAUAUGGAGAAAACUUUGCCUCAACGAGCAGCAAUCGAGAGAAUGCCACACGUCUUAGGAGGGGUGAAGUUCGUGUCGGGAAAGCAACUUCGUGGCGGACGAGUGCUAGAUUGGGCUUUCGUUGAACUCUCCGAAUAUGCCGAGCAGCAAUGUUUCAGGCCAAACCGCCUGUUCGCAAUUACUCCUCACUUUUUACCAAGCUGGCUCAUACCUCCCCAGCCUGUCAUGUUCGCCCAGGAGCACAGUGUUCUGGGUGGAUUCGGCUCACUUAGUGGAGGCAUCUGCAACGGGCCAAAGGCAUACUGCAAGUGGGAAACCAGCAGAUACGACUCUAGUGGGAAGCCGGUGGACAUGGCUACUGAGCCAACUGAGGAGUUUAUCAUUGUGACCCAGGAAGCUAUGGACCAUUCUAAGCGAGCCUUUUGUGGGGACGGAGAUUCAGGCUCAUUUGUUCUCAACAGGUUUGGGGAUGUAACUGGGUUGCUCUGGGGAGGAGUGAGGUAUCAAGACCUUGGUGUUGGGCUGGCCUCGAGCAUGUCAGAUGUCCUGGAGUCGAUCAGAGAGGAGGUCGGAGGUCCUGUCUCUAUAAAGCUUCCGCAAUGA